UCUUUAGCAAAUGAAAGUGUCCUUGAUACUCUUUGUGUUCUUGUAAAAGCCUUGAGUAAUCUUAUCGGAGUCUUCGCCAUAUUGUCUCCCGUUUCUUUGCAAAAGGUGGACGUUCUGUKAGCAGCUCAAGACAGACUUCAUCUUCUAAGAUAUCGUUAUUCUUAUUUUGGUGAUUUACUCUGAUAUAUCUGGUGAAUGCAGCCUCGUACAGGUCAGUAUGGGCUCAACGGUGCUAGGACGUGGGACUCUUGAGUGAAAUUACUAGUGUUUCAGGCCGCUUCCUUGUCUUCUCUCCCAGUUGAAGAGCUCAAGUUGCCCCUGGUGGGGUCAUAUUACUCGCAGAAGUGAGCGAGCAUUGGUAGAGAAGGAUUAAGAUCAUUACUGCACGCCAGAACGGCAUUGCCGGAAGCACUCCGACAGAUCCAAAGAAUGAAAGAUCGCGAUAUCAAGUCUCCUUGUGCUAAAUAUAACCCACAAUUGCUCAAAACAGGGACUCAUCUAUCCACACUUGGGAGUUGAAACGUAAUUUGACAUUCCGUUAAAGUGAUCUGCCAAUAUCAGAUGUCUGGUCCCCAAUUGGGUUUCUAACAAUCACUCAGUGAAGUUCAACAUAGUUAUCAAUUCAUUACGUUUGGCCAAGCUUGCUUCGUUUUGUAGAAGCCCAGAAGAAUGAAGCGAGGACGAAGAGAAUUCUGGCUUAUUUGUACUGCGUUAAUGAUUUGGGAAUUGCAUGGAUUGAAUAUGGAGGAAACGUAUUCAGCUUGUCGUACGACGUGUGAGUGCCGGUACCUUGAUGAAGCACUAGUUGUGAAAUGCAGAAGUAACAAACUGCGCGAAGUUCCUCAAGAAAUACCCGAAAAUGUCACUGAACUCGAUUUGAGCGACAACGAUAUAACACACAUCGAGGAUGACAUAUUCAGGAAUUUUACACAUUUACGACGGCUAUUUUUACAAAAUAACAGCAUUAGAAAAUUACCAGAAGGAGUGUUUGAUAACCUCAGAGCACUAGAAAGACUAUAUCUAAAAGACAACUUGUUGGAGGAAUUGCCGACGUUUAGAGAAUCCCUUCCAUCGUUGACUCACCUGUUCUUGUCCGCUAACAAGAUACGUGACAUUCUACCGACACACGUGACCAGGAUACCCAACUUGCAACACCUAUAUCUAGAUCACAAUGCAAUUAAGAAGGUCCCAUCAACCCUGACACAACUGACCAAGUUAACAUAUCUGAACUUGAACUUCAAUAAUAUUUCAGAGAUACAGAAGAACGCCUUUAGAACGCUUAAACAUUUGACGGAUCUAAAGCUUUGCUGCAACGGAAUCGGGAAGAUUGAAGAAGGAGCCUUCCCUGACCCUCUUGUCCACUUGAAUCUUCUUCAUAACGAUAUUUCAUCAAUUCCAACCAAAGCUUUGAAAUCUCUCAAUUUGUUACAGAAUUUGGAGCUUGGAGGAAACCCAAUCAAGUGUAUACAUGACUAUGCGUUUGAUGGUCUGCAUAAUCUGAUGGAAAUAGAUCUCAGCUGGAAAGACAUUGAAACAGUAGAGCACAAUGCUUUUGUCAACCUUUCCAAGAUCAUUCGUCUGCGCUUAAUCCACGUCAAACUAACGCGCUUUCCUAAUCUGACAGGGACGACUUCUCUAAAAAUUCUGACGCUGGAGUCGAACGCCAUUCCAUCUCUUCCAGAAGACUUUUGUAAAAUGUUUCCACAUCUUUACGACUUUAACGCAAACAUGAACAGGAUUAAGCGGAUCCCAGACAUGUCACGCUGCUCUUCAUUGGAAAUAUUAAAGCUGGAUUAUAAUCGAAUUACCACCAUCGGUUCGUCGUUGCAAGGAAUGAAAAAUAUCCAAGACAUCACGCUGAAUGGUAACAACAUAAAAGAAAUCCCAGCGAAUGUUUUCAAAGGAGACAGUCUUCUUAAUACAUUGAAAUUGGCAAAAAACAAUAUCAUUUCCAUCGCUGACACAGCAUUUGUUCCAAUAGAUCAAUUGGAAAUACUUGAUUUGAGCCACAAUUCUUUUCCUCGCCUACCUUCACAAGGAUUACAAAAUGUCCUUGAGUUGGACGUGAGAGGAAACCUCAAGCUAAAUAAAAUCUUGUCUGACACCCUCCCGAAUGUGAGGAUAGUGAAGGCAAGCUAUCCCUAUCACUGCUGUUCCUUCAGUGGAAAAAUGUACGUCACAAAUGCCGAGGAAUCUAAAUGGAACUGGGCCGUCAGUGACAAGUACCUCCGAGUAGACCAAUUUGAAAACUCGUCUUAUACUGAUGGUGAAGACGGUGUCUCUGGAUUCGGCUCAGAUGACAGUGACAGCGAAGGGUCUGCGUCCAGCGACUCUGAAAAUUCCACAUCCAAUGAAAAUCCUGGUAAAUCAGCGGGAACUCAUAAGACUCAAUACAAAAAAGUGAAUUGCACCCCCCUGCCAGAUCCGUUUUCCCCUUGUAAUGACUUCAUGGGGUCGUGGUUGCUCAGGGUGGGUGUGUGGUUCGUGUUUUUAUUAGCGUUGUUUGGCAAUGCUACUGUCAUCGCGGUGAUUCUCCUAUCAAACACUAAGGUCGACGUAUCUAGAUUUUUGAUUAUGAAUCUUGCAAUGGCGGACUUUUGCAUGGGAAUAUAUUUGGGAUUUCUCGCGUUCGUUGACGCUACGACUAUUGGCAGCUUUAUGCAUCAUAGCGUCGACUGGCAGCAAAGCCAUGGGUGCCAAACGGCGGGGUUUCUGGCACUUCUCUCUAGUGAAGCUUCAGUCUUUACACUAGCGGUGAUCACCAUCGAGCGGUUUAUCGCUAUAAGACAUGCGCUUCACGUUCACCGAAAGAUGAGCCUGCGUAAGACAGCGGUCGUGAUGACGUUUGGUUGGAUCAUGGCCAUUGUGAUCGCUACUCUGCCAUUGUACAAAGUCAGUGACUACACCAAGGUUAGUGUCUGUCUUCCAUUCGAAACCGGAGACGUCAAAUCCCUCGCCUUUGUAUCAUUAAUCCUGUCAUUCAACUUUAUCGCAUUCGUCAUUAUUUUCGUGUGCUACGUUGGAAUUUAUCACGAGAUUCGCGGCUCAAACGCGUGGAAUACCAACGACACACAGGUCGCCAUGCGCAUGGCAUUAUUGGUAGUGACCGACUUUGCAUGUUGGGCUCCUAUCGUCAUCAUCGCUUUUCCCGCCGCUUUUGGCAAGUCGUUUGUGAGCUUGGAGGAAGCAAAAGUCUUCACCAUCUUUGUCUUUCCUUUGAACUCGUGUGCCAAUCCUUUCCUCUACGCUAUAUUCACCUACCAAUUCAAGAAAGACUGUGUGAAUAUUUGUCGCAGGGUAAAGAACUCGUCAGCACCGCAGAUACAAAUUACAUUAGCGAAAAAACGGACGGUAGACCAACGCCGAGGGUCACAAGGAAGCGCUAUAUAUUACCCAGAAACAAACAGUGAUGGAAGACUGACCCUCAAGAUACCUGGAAUAAGAUUUAACAGAAGGUACUCGUUGCCUGCCGCGUUUAAACCUCUACAAAAGGAAAAGAAAAGUCCGAGAGGGUCUUCUCAGGAUAAUUCUCAGUGUUCAAAUGAAAAUGCAACCGAACAAACCACUUUAACUCAAGAAAAACUGCGUCCACUCAUUGAUCGCAGAACUGCAUUAUAGAGUAAAUUAUAUCUAUCGUUUGCCUAUCACCAUUACGUUUAUACAACUAUUUCAAAAAACGUAGUCAUCGCCAAAGGCGAUAGGCAAUAGGAGAUACUAGGCGAAAAGCGAUAGGAGAUAGGUCAUACCAARGUCCAAGAAUAGCUGGAAUGACUUGUGUUUCUGCUUCUUAUUCUCGUCAAGAAGGUGAACCUUAGUGUUGAGACAGAUUCAUUCAGCGUUUUUGUAGUCGACGAAACCAUUUCCGUCUCGGAAUGACCUAUCGCCUAUUGCCUUUGGCGAUGACAACGUUUUUUGAAAUAGGUUUAUAUGAAUCAGCACUAAGGUCGGGACGCAUGUUGCAACUGUUUGCGCGCGCAAUGUUGCAGACCUUUUAAGUUGUAACGUAUUGCCGGGUCCAACUGCUCACAAAAAAUGCUAAACUAAACGCGAAAAAUGUUCUCAGUGAUUUAACCUCCUCCUGAAACAAUUAGAACUUUGGGCAAAAAAAGUUAAAAAAAUAUGUAAAUGUUUUUUUUCUUCUUUUUUUUCCUUUCUUUUUCUUGUUUCUUAAUUCUUAACUUUGUUCCAGGAAAAGGUGUGUGAAAUCUUGUUGCGCGCUCGGAAAUGAAGUUGGGUCGUAUUUCGCGGGCCUUUACACCGCGUGCAUAAUUAUAUAUAUAGUAUAUGUUAUUUAUUGUUAUAACUUUGUUUUCUCCGCGUUCAAAAUAGUGGAACUACAUGUAAGGUAAGAGAACUAAUUUCUUCUUGUAAAAAUUCUUCUUGUAAAAAAAAAGUGUCAAAUUCGAGUGAAAAAAUAGCUAUUUAUUACUUUUGAAUCUCAUUUUUCUUUUUGUCCUUCAAAUACAAAAUGAAUGGUACUGACUUACAGUACGUAUAUGGUAYGACAUGCCGUAAAAUUAAAAUAUAGCUUCCCAUUAGAAUGGUUAUCGUAUGAGUGGGAAACGUACGGUAUUGACUUACGGUACGGUAUUGAGAGUUUUCCAGGGCUAAAAGGUUCUAUUUUCCUUUGGGUGCAACCGUUUUCCCAUCUCUAAAACCUUCAGGAAAUAAGAAAAACGUAAAGUUUGCAAGGGAAUGAUGACAGUUGUUUCUAGAUGAGUCUCUUUACCUUUGGCGAAAUGUUUUUCAUUUCAGACGACCACGCGUCAUUCUCUAGAGUAUCAUUUCUUUACUUAGCGGUUACACAUAAGAAGACACAUGAAUAUGGAUAUCACUUAAACAAAGUAUCUUAUUCUUAAAGGAAUGACACGUGGGAUGAAAUGGAAAAACACCCAAGAUGAAGAGGUUUAUUUGACGAGAAAUGACAAGAAAGGAAUCAAUAAUUUUUGCAUUCUGCCAAAAUUGUCUGCCCAGAAUUCAAAUUUAUAGCUCUGACUAUCGUCAAAGGAAUUUGUAUUUUUUUUAAGAACAUGGAGAUUUGGUAAGGGUUGAAAAUCUACCUUACCCAGUGACAUUCCAUUUUUUUUCUUCUCUAAACCAAUCAAAAAGCAGAUUGAAACUGCAGACAACCAAUCAGAAAAGAUACUGGAAACAUUCAACCAAUCACRAAGCAGAUUGAAACUGCAGAUAACCAAUCAGAAAUGAUACUGGAAACAUUCAACCAAUCACAAAGCAGAUUGAAACUGCAGACAUAUCACAUAUCAUGGUAUUAUCUCUGGGUAUAAUUUAUUGUACAUAUAUUUCAGUUUUGGGGGUGUGGGGUGGGGCUGCCUUUGCCCUACCCCUCCCYUCUCACUUCAAAACACUUCAAUUUAAUUAUCAAUAUUAAAUUAAUGGGAGUUUURACCUUCCUAUAAAUGAUAGCCAUAAAUAAUAGAUUCGCUAUUGAAUUAUGUGUAUAGUUUAAGAGUAGAAAAGGUGCAGUAAUACUAGCAACAAAAGCAUGCCAUUUGUCCCAUAACAUUGUUGCAUUGGAAGUUUCAGAGAGAAAUUUGCUCCUAUUAGCAGUCCAUGGGCAAUACAUGUACAAUGUUGCAAAGAGUAGAGAAGGYGUCUACUUUGUGCAACAGCAAAAUUGUGUUGUUGCAGGAGGGGUAAUACGAGGGACAUUCUCUCUGCAACUUGUAACACGAUGCAGAGUGAAAAAUUUCAUGAUUUUGUCAGUGUUCCGUUUUAUUGCUCCUUAAUGUAAGUUACAUUAAAAUAUUAUGAUAUUUUAUGAAAAUAGUGUAUCAAAUACAAUAAAGGAGUUAAUGAUAAUUCA